AUGACCUACAAGCACCUCGGACUCUUCCUGGCAUUAGUCCAGUUUGCGACCGCUACGUCUGCAUCUGGCGGUGAUGGUACAGCUCUCCCUACGAUUGUACUAGACAACGGAACGUUCGUUGGCACGUCUGAAGGGGAUGUCUCCAUCUUCCGCAGCAUUCCAUAUGCUAAACCUCCCGUGGGCGACCUUCGCUUCCGGCUUCCGAUUGCCAACGAUCCGUACACCGGUACCUUCAAUGCCACGACCUUUGGCGCUGCUUGUAUACAACAGGUCGCAAACCUGACCGAUACAUCCAACUUGAACCCCAUCGCUGCUCAAGUACUACUGGAAGCUACGGGCAACUUCUUCUCGCCAGAUGUCGACGACGAGGAUUGCCUUACCCUCGAUGUGUAUAUUCCUGCAAACGCUACCCAGGACUCGAAAUUCCCGGUUGCCUUUUGGAUGUUUGGCGGCGGUUUCCAGACCGGCGCUUCUUCUGGCUAUAAUGGAACCGAGCUGGUCAUAAGAUCCCAGCAGCUCGGCGAGCCAGUGAUAUAUAUCGCGGUGAACUACAGGUUAUCGGCGCUCGGCUUUGCUGGAAGCGCGGAGGUGCGGGAGGCGGGCAUAGGCAACCUUGGACUCCAAGAUCAACGGAUGGCUUUGCAUUGGAUCCAGAAGUACAUCGGUGCCAUCGGAGGAGACCCCUCCAAAGUGACUAUCUGGGGGCAGAGUGCAGGCUCAAUCUCGGCUGCUAUGCAGAUGCUCGCAAACGAUGGCGAUAGCGAGGGCCUCUUCAGUAGCGCCUUUAUGCAGUCGGGAGGCCCUAUCAGUAUGAGCACAGGAACAGUAGAAGAUGGCCAAGUGUACUUUGACAAGUUUGCGACCGACGCGGGCUGCGGCGAAUCACUUGGAUCCGCUGCUGUGUUUGACUGCCUGCGCAAUGCAUCCAUUGCUGAUAUACGCUCCGCCGUCACAGCCUCCCAGAACAUCUUUGACUACGCAAGUCUGGACUUGGCGUGGCAACCUCGGGCGGACGGGACGUUCUUGACUGAGAACGCGCAAGUGCUUGUCCAGAAGGGUUCUAUGGCAGACGUGCCGUUCGUGAUCGGUGACGAUGACGAUGAAGGCACGAUCUUCAGCUUGGUCAACAGUAACAUAACAACCGAGGCUGAGCUUCGUCAAUACCUCCAGGACUACUACUUCCCACUUGUCAACACCUCCACGAUCGACACCAUAUUGGCAAACUACCCCGACAACGUUACGCUAGGCUCGCCAUUCGACACAGGGUCGAACAACUCUAUCACACCAGAGUACAAGCGGAUAUCAGCCAUCUUUGGCGACUACGUCUUCCAGGUUCCUCGCCGGUUCCUUCUCACAGAGCGCUUGGGUAACGCGAAUGCGUACUCCUUCUUGUACAAGCGAGGCAAGGAGACACCUGUCAUCGGAGCGUCCCAUGGCAGCGACUUCUCCAUCUUCGAGCCUGGAGAUCUCAUGGAUGCCCUGAUUCACUUUGUGAACAAGUUCGAUCCUAAUGGCGCUUCCCUCAUUGACUGGCCAGCGUACACCGCCCAAACGCCGGUGUUGUUCACGCUGCUCGACGGCGAUACGGCUCAGGAGAUCACCAACGACACGUACCGCUUGGAGGGCAUGCAGGCGAUUCAGCAGGCUACUAACGCCGGCAUAUAUUAG